CUGGGAUUAGCCGGCGCCCUGCGAUCGGGCCAACGACGAGGAGUGGGGAUGCCACCCUCUUCGUCGAGCUGCCUCCUGCGGCCAGGUUUGCCGGUCGCACGACGGCGGCAGCCUACUUCAUCAUGCUUCGAUACCACUGAGGCUCGUCUUGCCGUUAACUUCGCAAUAACUCUUUGCCAGAGAGGAGACGUGCUACUCCUCUCUCCAUACAACGCACAAAAUGCCAUGAUCACGGAGCAGCUAGCGAGCCGAUACUCAGAUGCUCAACACAAGUCUGGGGCGUACAAGUCUUCAAGGACAUGACCAAGUACGUGUAUAAGGACCCGGACCGUACUAAACUCUACUUCAGAGCGGGAGACGAGAUCGAACAGUAUCUAGAGAGCCAGUAUAUCGGUCCGACUGAGGCUGCUGUAUGGCUUCUCCGUUUCCGUGUCCACGAGGAGUAUCUAUCCUCGACAACCCUGUUUGCGGAGAAGGGCUACACAGAUAGCAGCCAGAAUGAAUCAAUUCAAAUGUGGAUCCAGCUGGUGAGCAUUUCGGCGGACCGCGACGCAGCGAAACACGUUUUACGCUAUCUCAAAGGAUCUACGUUUGAUGUCGUAUACGGCAGUGGCUGCAGCAAGCAAUUCGAGGUCUACGUCGACGCCUCAUACGCCGAUGAUGACGACAGGAAAUCCAUGGAAGCGUACGUUAUCACGUACGCGGGAUCGCCAGUGUCAUGGGCCACACGGAAACAGGCGAUCAUGGCAUCCUCGGCCACGCUCUCGGGGUAUAUCGCCUGUGGUGAAGCCAAUCGCGAAGCCGUCUUCCUGCGCGAGUCCGCAAUGGAACUGGGACUGCCCGUCGGUGACAAGGCAGCCUCUCUUCCCGAAGAUAUAUCUGAAUCUUCAGUGAUUCGCCUGUCCCCCUCCCGCCCGGCAUUCCACCGCACAGCUGCAGAGGACAUCUUGCAGCUUCGGCGAGCGAGUAUCCUCUUCGAGUUGGGGGACAUCACCAAAGAGGAGCUACAGGACAGAUCCAGAGCAGACCUCUACGGGACAGAUACGGUAUAUCCUAUUUUCCUCAAAAAAUCUGCUUUGCGGACUUGA